CUCCCCUGAUCAAUGGCAGCCUCCAUGGAAAAAAUUUCUUCACAUAUUUGUCAACUUUGUAAAAGGCGAUAUUUAACCUUCAGUCAUAAGAGAUCAAGCAGUAACUUAAAGUCUAAGCAAUGGAAGAGUGUUGUUGGACUUGAAAUCCAUGCCCAGAUAAAUACAGAAAGUAAACUAUUCUCAGGAGCAGAAAACAAGUUUGGUGGUCCAACCAAUACACAGGUGUCACUGUUUGAUGCUGCUUUUCCUGGUACCCUACCAGUACUAAACAAAGGUUGUGUAGAAGCAGGUGUAUUGACAGCACUAGCCUUGAGAUGUACUGUCAACAAAGUGUCAAAGUUUGAUAGGAAACAUUAUUUCUAUGCAGAUUUACCAGCUGGUUAUCAGAUAACUCAACAAAGGCAACCCUUAGCUGUUAAAGGUCAUGUUGAUUAUUGCAUCAGUGAUAAAAAUAGUUUUGAAACAAAAACAGCAAAUAUCACACAGAUACAGCUAGAGCAGGACAGUGGAAAAAGUCUCCAUGAUGAAAAAGACAGAAUCAGUUUAAUUGAUUUAAACAGAUGUGGGACAGGUCUGAUGGAGAUAGUCACAGAGCCAGACUUCUCUGAUGGAACAGAUGCUUCAGCCUUUGUUAAAGAACUACAAAAAAUAUUACAGACAAUUCAAACAUGUGAUUGUAAAAUGGAAGAGGGUUCUUUAAGAGUUGAUGCCAAUAUAUCUGUUCACAAGCCUGGAGAACCUCUUGGUAUACGGACAGAAGUGAAAAAUCUCAAUAGUAUUAAAAGUGUAUCAAAAGCUAUCAGUUUUGAAGUAAAAAGGCAAAUAGAAUUGUUAGAAAAUGGUGGGAUAGUAGAGAAUGAGACAAGAUCGUUUGAUACCGAAAUAGAUGAAACAGUACCAAUGAGAGAUAAGGAAGUAAAAACAGAUUACAGAUUUAUGCCAGAGCCUAACUUACCACCACUCCAUUUGUUUGAUAAUGAGUCUGUUAAAACUGUAUCCAGUCAAAUGUCUGUGAUAAACAUUGAUGACAUUCAACAACAGUUACCUCCCUUACCAGAAGAUACAAGAAAGAGACUUGAACAACAGUAUAGUCUGAAACGUAGAGAUGUAGCUAUUCUAGUUGACAAUUCUGGUCUGGGGGACUAUUUUGAAGAUGUAAUGAGAUUAUCUCCAGCAACAAGUGCAAAGCUAGUGUCUAAUUUUAUAAUCAAUCAACUGCUUGGUGUUCUGAAUGACAGGAAAUUAACCAUUCACAACUGUCCAGUGAAAACAGAUGAUUUUGGAAGACUGAUAGACUUGGUUCAAACUGAGGAGAUAUCAUACAGUACAUCUUGUAAGGUUUUAGAUCAGAUGUUUGAACACUCAGACAUGGCACCACAAGAUAUUGUUGACCAGAAGGACUGGAGGCAGAUCAGUGAUACACAGGUUUUAACAAAUAUUUGUGAAAAAGUUCUUGAGGACCAUCCAAAGUUGAUUUCAAAAUAUAGAAAAGGAAAGUUGAAAUACCUGCAUACCCUUGUGAACAAAGCUGUGAUAGACUCUAAUAACAAAGCCAAUCCAAGGAUACUGAAACAUAUUAUGGAGGAUUUGUUAGAUAAUAAAUGAUUUGUUGAGUUA